AUGAGCGCCAGGCCCAGUUUCUCAACCUCGCGGACCAGUGUGUCCAUACCACGCAAAGCUCAGUGUGAGGAGCUGGCCCAGAAAUUACAAGAUGCUGUUGAACGGACUACCAAGGACGUCGCAGAAGAUGAUGCGCAGCGCAGCGCCUUCUUGCCGAAACCCGACCUUGACCAGAUACUCAACGAUAGGUCGUUGGAGCUGUUGUUCACAGAGUUGGUCACUGAGACUUCUUCCUUCGGAGGUGGCGUGUUCUUACAAACUAGUGCUACCAGUACUGCUCAUGAAGAGAAGGGCUCAGAUUUCGUAAAUGACGACAUGCAGGUGUUCAUCAAUAGUUGCAUUGACGCGACGAAGCGCAAACCACUGGAUGAACCAUCCUGGAGAGCUCUACUUGCUCUGUUUCUGUACCAGAACAACAAGGAAUUACUCUCGUUAUUCGUGGAAUGGAUGGUCAUCAUGUUCGACCAUCCUACAGCCAAGUCUCACAAUCUUAUACCGUCUGAUGAAUCGAUACCGUUCACGAAGACCACCCUGAAAGGAUAUGAUGUUCCAAAUUGGUGCCACAGACUCAUCCUCCUGGAUCAAGCGAUAUUCAAACCAGUCAUGAUUCAGAAGCUGGAGCACCACGACGUCACCACCAGCGAACGCUUGCCUUUCAUGGGCCGGUAUCAACCCAUCAAGAGCGGCUCUCAAGGCCAAGUCUUCAAAGCUGAGAUAGCACAAUGUCACUGGGAAAUUCGAGAGAACGAGGACCAGGAAAAAUCGGACUUUGUACCUGGUAAUCCGAACAGCACGAAAGUUGUGGCGCUCAAAGUCUUCAAGGCGGCGGAACCUGCGCGCAAUAUGCUCGAUGCCACUCAAGACUUCAAGAUCGAGCUCAGAAUCUUGGAGGAACUAAGGACGUACAAGACUAAGCACAAAAUGAUAAUGCUGCAUUUGGGUAGUAUUACUGAGCUCGACGGGGCAGGAAUGCCGACCAGACAUUCUCUCAUUUUUGAACUGGCAAGUUUCAGUUUGGGUGAUCUCCUCAAAGGCAGGAAUCGCCCCCAGGAAGCCGUCAAACCAUCUCGUUUGCUUGCUAGCCUCGUAGACAUUAUCGAAGCAUUAGAGUGCUUGCAUGACAAGCUCGACACUCUCCAUCUCGACAUCAAACCUGACAACAUCUUGAUCUUCGAGACUCGUUCCGGUUCCGGAGACGAAGAGCAGUAUGAACUCACCUGGAAGCUCAGCGACUUUGGUCUAGCUGGAAAGAAGGCUGCGAAAAAGCCAAAGGCUGGAUCUGCGCAGACCUCGACAGCUACUUCUCGAGAGUCCACUCUACCUGCAACAAGACCAACCGGUUUAUAUCAAGCCCCGGAAAUACAAGAGCAAGAGACUAGUCAUGCAGGACGGGGAAGUGAUGUCUGGUCUAUGGGCUGUGUCACACUUAUGGUACUUGCGUUCAUAUAUGCCGGAUCGACGGAGGUCACAGAGUUGGAGAGUUCCCUGAUGGUCAGAUUCCAGAAUCUCGGCGGCAGAGAGCCUUUGUUCUAUAUAAGGAGCGACUCAUACCCAUGGAAACACCGAACUUCGCACAUUUGUCACUAUCUCCAAAGUCGGGACCCGGGCGAUGAUGUGAUACCUCAUACAGCAGGACCGCUUCGUGCCGCACUACACCCCAGUCUCAUCGACUGGUCCAAUAUUCUGAUCGAGGACUCAUACGCAUUCAAAACCGAGCAGAAGUUCGUACUAUACAUACUCAAAGUGAUUGUCGGUAGAGUUCUUCUGAUCGAUCGCGGCAGACGAAUAGAGGCAUCUGAGCUGCGCGAAAGACUGGCCUAUAUUCAACAAGAGUGGGAAAAAUAUGAUGUCGCAUCUGAGAACUACGUCUAUCCAGAUGCUUUGGCAGGUUUGGACCUUGUACAAAGCCCAAGCUCACCGGUAUACGGAAGCACCCCCCGCAUCUCAGAUGACAGUAUCUUGUCGACGGCUGUUGCGCCUGAAUCUCCUCAUCCCCCACGGACUGAAAUAGUGGCGCCCCAAGGAGGCCUUACGCAGGAGCAAAAUGCGCAGAUGCAGGAACUUCGCCGCGCGAUUGAGCGAAACCAUGCCCUCAGCGUGCAAACCCUCCUCGAACAAAGCCCUGAGAUACUAGGCCAUUUAUGCCCUGGCGUAAGGAGGUACCCGAUUCAUUUAGCGCUGUUCAAGAACGCCUAUGAAGCUCUCGACGUGCUUCUUGAGAACGCAUCUAUUGAGAUCACGAAUCUGUCUUGCAGCCGACGAACCGCCCUCGAUUUUGCAUUGGAGUUGGGGAAGCCCGCAGCUCUUGACUGCAUCCGAAAGCAUCGCUGGAAAUUCGAGUUUCCGCCCGAGCUCUAUGAAAAGCGCAAGAAGCACUUAGGUGCCGAAGCGCAAAAUAUUGCGGAUGAUCUGUUUGGUAUCAGGAAAGCUGCGACACCGAAGCCCAAGAAAACCUUGUUUGGGAUACCUAGGAGUAGGACAUCUAAUUCGUCUACAUGA